UCCUCAGGGAGCGCCAUCGAGAAACAGGAGAAACAGACCGGGAGCAGACGAGAGCACCAAGGCCCGAGAGGUUAAGAAUCCUGCUCCGUCCUCUCGUGACCCUGCCCAGCCAGCCCGGCUCCUUAGGCUUGGGAUCCUGAGCACUCCUACAGCCCAUGAGGCUCCCAGUCCCCACUGAGUGCCGCCCUGAAGGAUGUCCCAGCUCUCCUCCACCCUGAAGCGCUACACAGAAUCGGCCCGCUACACAGAUGCCCCUUACUCCAAAUCAGGCUAUGGCACCUACACUCCCUCUUCCUACGGGGCCAACCUGGCUGCCUCCUUCCUGGAGAAGGAGAAGCUUGGUUUCAAGCCAGGCCCCCCAACCAGCUUCUUCACCCGUCCCCGUACCUACGGCCCCUCCUCCAUCCUGGACUAUGACCGAGGCCGCCCCUUGCUGAGACCCGACAUCAUCGGGGGUGGUAAGCGGGCGGAGAGCCAGGCUCGGAUCGCCGAGCGGCCCUCAGGGAGUGGACUCAGUGGGGGCAGUGGAUUCCCUUAUGGAAUGACCACCAGCUCCCUCAGCUACCUGCCCGUGAAUGCCCGCGACCAGGGGGUAACCCUGACCCAGAAGAAGUCGAACAGUCAAUCCGACCUGGCCCGGGAUUUCUCCAGCCUCCGGACCUCAGAUAGCUACCGGAUAGACCCCGGGAACCUGGGCCGCAGCCCCAUGCUGGCCCGCACGCGCAAGGAGCUGUGUGCCCUGCAAGGGCUCUACCAGGCAGCCAGCCGCUCCGAGUACCUGGCCGAUUACCUGGAGAACUAUGGUCGCAAGGGCAGUGCACCCCAGGUGCCCAGCCAGGCCCCUCCCUCACGAGUCCCUGAAGUCCUCAGCCCCACCUACCGACCCAGUGGCCGUUACACUCUGUGGGAGAAGGGCAAGGGCCAGGCCCCUAUGUCCAGCCGCUCCAGCUCCCCAGGGCGAGACACGAUGGAAACCUACUUCACGACCUGUGCACUCAACAAUGGUCCAGCAGUGCUCUUGGAAGUGCCCAGCUACCCCCACCUACACUGCGAUUCUUACCCUCUACUUUCCCAGCCAACAUGCUGGGGUCCCCUGCAGGCCCUGCCCCCUCCUGGACUGAAUGCUGAGGCCCCCAGACCACCAGUGUGCCCUGUGAAUUCUAAGAGCGCCCAGGGUCUGGCUGGUCUCCGAAACCUUGGGAACACGUGCUUCAUGAACUCCAUCCUGCAGUGCCUGAGCAACACCCGGGAGCUGCGAGAUUACUGCCUCCAGAGGCUGUACGUGCGGGAGCUGAGCCACAGCAGCAGCGCGCACACGGCCCUCAUGGAAGAGUUUGCAAAACUAAUCCAGACCAUAUGGACCUCAUCCCCCAAUGAUGUGGUGAGCCCCUCUGAGUUCAAGACCCAGAUCCAGAGAUACGCCCCGCGCUUCGUCGGCUACAAUCAGCAGGAUGCCCAGGAGUUUCUUCGUUUCCUUCUGGACGGGCUCCACAACGAGGUGAACCGGGUCACAGCGAGGCCCAAGUCCAACCCUGAGAACCUGGACCAUCUUCCUGAUGAUGAGAAAGGGCGCCAGAUGUGGAGGAAAUAUCUAGAACGGGAAGACAGUCGGAUUGGGGAUCUCUUUGUGGGGCAGCUGAAGAGCUCCCUGACGUGUACUGAUUGUGGUUACUGUUCUACUGUCUUUGAUCCCUUCUGGGACCUCUCACUGCCCAUUGCUAAGCGAGGUUAUCCCGAGGUGACUUUAAUGGAUUGCAUGAGGCUCUUCACCAAAGAGGAUGUGCUUGAUGGCGAUGAAAAGCCAACAUGCUGUCGCUGCCGAGCCAGAAAACGGUGUAUAAAGAAGUUCUCCAUCCAGAGGUUCCCAAAGAUCUUGGUGCUCCAUCUGAAGCGGUUCUCAGAAUCCAGGAUACGAACCAGCAAGCUCACAACAUUUGUGAAUUUCCCACUAAGAGACCUGGACUUGAGAGAAUUUGCCUCAGAAAACACCAACCAUGUUGUUUACAACCUGUACGCUGUGUCCAAUCACUCCGGCACCACCCUGGGCGGCCAUUACACAGCCUGCUGCCGGAGUCCGGUGACAGGCGAAUGGCACACCUUCAACGACUCCAGCGUCUCCCCCAUGUCCCCCAGCCAAGUGCGCACCAGCGACGCCUAUCUGCUCUUCUACGAGUUGGCCAGUCCACCCUCCCGCAUGUAGCAGCGAGGAGUACAGCCCAUCCUCCCUCCCCUGUGGUGGCCCCACAUCCGAAGUUCUUUUAAAAAGACAAACAACAAAAACACCUGACACGUAAGAGGAAGAUACAGUGAAGCUGCCAGGCAGGAGUUGCUGCAGCCUGGACGGUCUGGGGGGAGCCCGGUGCUCCCGAGCCCGCCUGGCAGGGAAGAUGGGACACUGCCGGGAGCCAGCACAGCGCCCCUCGGCUUCUCUCGUUUGCAUUUGUAAGCUUGUGGUUUUUCUCCUGUGUGUGAUAAACAACAACGGUCGGCGGGGAGAAGAUGCUCGUCCAAGCUGCCGGCUCCAGCCCCAACGCUUCCCGAGAAGACAGCGCCCUCUGGAGCCUGCUGGGAGGAUCACUGCCUGGAAGUGCCGUCCGUCUUCCCCUGGACCCUGCUCACCCUCUCUGGUCCAGGAGCAAGAGAAGCAUCCAUGAGCCGAGAGCCCUCUUAACGCUGCUAACUCCAGGGGCACAUGUGAGGGACAUCUUUGAAACAAGCUGUUUUUGAUUUUUAAAAGCCCAACUUUUUUUUAAUUAUCAUAACUAAAGUUUUCAGACUGGAGAUGCUCUCCUUCACACCUCUUAACAGCUGGGACAUUGUGCUGGUCAUUUUUCUUUUUUUUUAAUUCUUCAAAUAUAACUUAUCUAGUGCUAGCCCCCAGUGGUGCUAGGUGGGAGUUGGCCAGGCCCCAAGCACAGCCACAGUAGGCCUGGGAUCUGAUAAGUUUUUUGGUUUUUUAAUGUUUUGGAUGGAAUCUAGUUGCCUCCAAGAAUUGUGCCUUAUAGCAUUUGGGGACCAGGGGGUAACUGCCCCUCCCUGAAAUAUCCCUCAGCCUCUGCCCUUUUCCCCAGUGCCGUGUUCAGAGCCACCGGCGGAGCUCAGGGUGAUACCCGCGGUCCCUGGCUGGCUUCGCAUCGCAGUGAGGUGAGAGGAGAGUA